UUUGUAAAGAGCCCUCGGUCCAGCACCUCCUCUCGUCUCUUUUUGCCCAGACUACCCAGUGAGCUGGAACAUUUAAGAAGAUUCUUCUGCCUAUAAUACUGAAAAGAACAAAAAGGAACCAACGCCAUGAGGAAAUUUGUGGUACUUGUCAUCCUCGGUCUCACUUUGCUGUUAGGAACUCAAGGCAUGCCUUCAAGUCGCCUCUCCUGUUACAGAAAGAUGCUAAAAGAUCGCAAUUGUCACAGCCUUCCAGAGGGCAGAGCCGACCUGACGCUGGUGGAUGCAAACGUGCAGCAUCACUUCUGGGAUGGGAAGGGGUGCGAGAUGAUCUGUUACUGCAAUUUCAGCGAAUUGCUCUGCUGCCCAAAAGACAUCUUCUUUGGACCAAAGAUCUCCUUUGUGAUCCCCUGCAACAAUCACUGAGGAUCUGCGCGCAUUCUGGAGACCACAGCCCCUAAUUUCCCACAAACUGUCUCAGUGCAGCAAAAUUUCUGAUCUCCUCCCAGUGUAUUAAGGCAUAGAUUCUAUCAAGUCUUACUUGUUCGAGUAAAGCCUGCCCUAAAGUGGUAAUAAAAGUUGUUUCCACUUGGCUUGUCUCUGUGGAUGUU